CAUAACAACAAAACCCCUGAAAAAUCACCUCCCCCAAAUCCACACGUUCCCCUCCUCACCACCGUGGGGAAAAGAUCCCUCCGCUCCCCAAUGGCUCUCCUCCCCCAAAUCCUCCCCCCCCCCCGCCCCCCUCCCCCCCCCUCCCCCCCCCCCCACCCUUUCUCCCCCGCCCACGCAUUCCGCACAGCGCCUCGCCUCCACGCCUCUGGCCACCGCCGCCGAGGCCGCCUCGCCGCGUCAGGGCCCGGGUCGUCGCCGUCGCCGUCGCCCGACCAGUACCCGUCCGAGCCCGACGAUGGCCUUGUGGAGCUCCCUCUGUUCCCUCUCCCGCUCGUGCUCUUCCCGGACGCGACCCACGCGCUGCAUAUCUUCGAGUUCCGCUACCGUAUCAUGAUGCACACCGUGCUCGACACCGACCUCCGCUUCGGCGUCGUCUUCGCCGGCUCCGACGGAGCCUCCGACGUCGGCUGCGUCGGGGAGGUCGUCAAGCACGAGCGCCUCGCUGACGACCGCUUCUUCCUCAUCUGCAAGGGCCAGGAGCGGUUCCGCGUCGCCCGCAUAGUCCGCAACAAGCCUUACCUCGUCGCCGCCGUGCAGUGGCUCGAGGACCGCCCGCCCGCGGAGACGCCCUCCCCUGGGGAGGACGCUGAGGCGCUCGCCGUCGAGGUCGAGGCGCUCAUGCGCGACGUCAUACGCAUCGCCAACCGCCUCAACGGCAAGCCCGAGAAGGAGGUCGGGGACCUGCGCCGGGGCCUCUUCCCCACCCCAUUCUCCUUCUACGUGGGCAACACCUUCGAGGGCGCGCCCAGGGAGCAGCAGGCGCUGCUCGAGCUUGAGGACACCGCCGCGCGGCUGCGACGGGAGCGGGACACGCUCCGCAACACUCUCAACUACCUUACCGCCGCGUCUGCCGUCAAGGACGUCUUCCCCUCGUCGCCGUCGUCGGGGUGAAGCCUUUCGCCUCUGUCCCAUCUCGCUCGCCGAUAAGGAGUUUGUGGAGGGUAGUGGACUAAAACCUUCUUAUACUCUUUUUCGCCCUUUUCCUUUCCUUAUAAUUGCAAGGGUAGGCUUUAUUUCAAAGUGAUAGCAUUUUAGCGUGUAAAAUUGUAUGUAUAAUUCAUGCUGUAUGUAUUAACUCAAGAAAAAUGCAGAGCUAUGACGAUGAUCCAUAAGCAUUUUGCUCAAUGAAAGCAAUGCAUUCAGUGUUAAAUAGGACGUAUUUACUCA